AUGUCGCCGUAUGAACCAUUAACUGGAGAGUCAGGCAGUGGAUCGGGCGAUGGCAGUGGAUCAUAUGAUGGUAGUGGAUCAGGUGAAUAUAGUGGAUCUGGAGAUUGGGAUGAUGCUCCCCUAUAUCCAAGAUCCUUCAUGAUAUUUUUGUGUAUCGUAGCUGGAAUCAUAGUUGUUGUGAAUAGUUUCAUCGUCGUGCUAGUCUGGCGAAAUAGAAAACUUCGUAAUACAUGCAAUGCUUUGUUAGUGAGCUUGGCCAUUGCAGACGGAACCGCGGGUUUUAUAGGCAUACCAAUGUUUAUCCUCACUCAUUUUUCUCUGGAUCGAGUGUCAGAUCACCAAUUUUGCUUUUUACUUCUUGGUCAAUUUACAUGGACGUGGUUUCUUUCUUUUGUGAGUAUCUGCCAUUUGUUGGUCAUUGCCUGCGAGCAGUAUCUUGCCAUUCUCAAACCAUUUAGUCAUGACAAGAUUGUCACAAAGAAAACAACAGCCUUGACAAUUGCAGUGAUUUGGUUUUUUGGUGUGAUUCAUUCACUUGUUCCUUGGUCUUGGAUUUUUACUCUUGGUGGUGGAUUCUGUAAUGAAGAGGAAGAUCCUAGUCCUGCAGUAGAAAGAAACGACAAAAUCUACGUAUCAUUUUCCAUUAUCGCCUUCUUUAUCCUACCUAUUGUCGGGCUCUAUUACGUUUACUACCGUAUUGUAUCCGAAGCCAAGCGACAGUUGGGCCGUAUCAGACGUGAUUCUGUCUGUUCUAGAGGAAAAUAUCCCAACCUUUCAUCGUGUACACGUUAUCGUGGUUUCUACAUCAUCGCUUUUAUGUUGAUCAUUUUCAUUCUUUGCUGGGCACCAUAUUUUUCUUAUGUCUUCUAUGAAACCUUUGUGGGAUCAAUGGACAAUGAUAGCCUCGACUUCAUUCUUCAACUGUUGCGAUAUUUACCGUCCAUUCUCAAUCCCAUUAUGUUUGCGUUUUGGAGAAGCGAUUUUCGUGCUACUUGCAUUGAAAGAGUUUGUUGUUGCGUUCAAAUAAAAUAUCAAUCACGCUCAUCGUUCACAAGUGGCAGAAAUCACAUACAACUUGUAAAUCGUGACAAUACAUUAUCCGAUUCAAAGGAGUCUAAACCUCUAAAGAUCUAA